AUGGCACCCCCACGACUCUUGGUCAACAUCGUGAUGGCUGCUGUCACGAUCGGUGUGAGCGUGACACAGUCGGACUCCAUGAGCUUCGGGGUUCCGCGGAGGCAAGCUCGCUUGUUCAGUGGAUUCGACAUCCUCCAAUUCGAGCACACGCCUUGCAAGUACGAUAGCAGGCGAAACGGAACCUGCAUGCAGGGCGCGGAGUGCACGGCCGCGGGGGGCGAUUUCAAUACCACCAACACCUGUAACUUCAUCCAGGGCCAAACCUUCGGCGUGUGCUGCCUAGUCUCACGAUCGUGCGGUGGAGUGAUCCAGACCAACAACUCGUACUUCGUGAAUCCGGAAUUUCCUGAUUUUACCGUGAACUCCCAAUCGUGUGAUGUGACAGUCAUUCCGAAAAGAGGUACGUGUUACGUGCGCCUUCAAUUCGACAAUUUCACGAUCCACGACCCAGUGGAGGGGAGCUGCGUAGCGGAUCAAUUCUUCGUACCCCAGGCGGAGAUUGAGGCGCCGAUGUUGUGCGGCCGGAACAACGACACUCACAUGUACUUGUACGUUAAAGACUUUGGUGAAAAGCAGAACAUCACGCUCCGAUUCAAUCUCGGUGAGUGGAAUGGCGACCGCAAAUGGCAGAUCAACGUUGCCUUCAUCGAGUGCAACAAGGAUUGGACUCCAGGGGAUCGCAGCUGCAUGCAAUAUUUCAUGGAGAGGACUGAUACCAUCAGAUCGUUCAACUACCACCAACACGAUCCGGAGAAGUCAGCCAUGUUGGCCGGAUUAGACUACACGGUGUGUGUCCGACAGGCUCUUCGCCGAUGCUACAUCAGCUGGACGUCUGAAUUCUUCUCCUUAUCCGCCGGAAACAAGACCACUGAGGUCGGUGGAACCUGCAACCAAAACUACGUGAUCAUCAACCAGGGUUUCGAUAGCAAGAAGAGAGUAUCCUUCGAUCGUUACUGCGGUCAAGUUCUAGGCGCAAACAAUAACUCCUCGAAGGCUUCAGCGGUGCUCUCGUCGGCGAGACCAUACCACUUACGAGUCCGCACUUCGACGAACUCCACGUCGCUCGGGAAGGGUUUCCUCAUGAGGUAUUCACAACUGCAGUGCCUGAACAAAUGGGUCAUCACUCAUCACGAUUAA